ACAGAAAAAUGAUACAUGCGAGUACUGAAGGAUGCAAGGGGCAUUGUUCUUAGUCAUGUUUGAGUACACACUUUAUCUCCCUCUCAGUGGAGACAUAGGGAAAAUACUACAAGUCAUUACAAUCACAAAGUGGCUUUAGAAUUAUUCAAAUGGAAUUUAGAAAAAAGUUUCUUCCUUGUUGGAUAGCUGUUUUUGUGUCAUCAAAGAUGAAGUCUAUCGCGUUUCUCUACAUCCAAAUUUGUUAUUUCAUUGGUGUUCAAACCUAUGAUCAGCUGGUGAGACCCGGAGUUACGAGGGCUGUGAGUAGUUCUGUAGGAUGGGGAGGGUAUCCAAACAAGACAGUGGACGGAGACAAGACACUAAGUCCUUACACGUACUGCAUGCACACAUAUAUAGAACACACAGAGGCGUGGCUCAGAGUUGACUUAGGAGAGAUCUAUAAUUUGAAAUCUGUUAAGAUAUGGUAUAGAAACGACAGGCCAGCAUACAGUACAAAGCGAUUACAGGGAUUCUCCAUCCGCUUGUCAAACACGCCUACACCUGUCCCCAGUGAGGUAUGUUACCAGGAUCCUGGAGACCAAACUCUGCCUGUCGUGUUGGAGAGAGAUUGCCAGGGAGAGGCCCGAUAUGUUUGGUUCUACACAAACAGAGACAAUGGCGAUGGCGUGGCACUGGAGAUAUGCGAAGUAGAAGUAUACGGAUGUCAGUCUUCCUAUUACGGUAGAAAUUGUAGUGAAAGAUGUGGUCAUUGCCAAGACAAGGAACAGUGUGAUAUCAUCAACGGAUCCUGUCCUGGGUCAUGUGAACCUGGAUAUAAAGGACCGAAAUGUGACACAGAAUGUCGGACUCGAUACUACGGAAGAAAUUGUAGUCAACAGUGUGGCCAUUGCGGACGCAAGGAACCCUGUCAUCACAUCAACGGAUCCUGUCCAGGGUCAUGUGAACCUGGAUAUCGAGGACAUAAAUGUAACAUGGCAUGUCAGCCUCUAUACUACGGUAGAAAAUGUAAAGAAAGGUGUGGCCAUUGCAGAAAUAGGAAACCCUGUCAUCACAUAAACGGAACCUGUCCUGGCUCAUGUGAACCUGGAUAUAGAGGGCAGAAGUGCAACACAGGGUGUAAGAAAGGAUUUUAUGGUACUAGCUGUAGUCAAGUCUGUGGACAUUGUGCAAUAAACGCAACAUGUGAUCACGUGGAUGGUUCUUGUCCUUCUGGGCAUUGUGAACCUGGAUGGAAGUUCAACUCUAAGAGAUGUGACGAAGAGUGUGAUGACGGACGUUAUGGAUUCUACUGCAGGGAUACAUGUAGUGGUCACUGUGCUGGCGGAUUACCCUGUAGGAAAAUAGACGGUGUAUGUACCGGGGGGUGUACGGAUGGAUGGACACAUUCUUACUGCAAUAAAGCCUGUCAGAAAGGAUACUACGGCCUUAACUGUCGUCAUGUCUGUGGACAUUGCAAAGGAAUGGCUAUAUGUGAUCACGUAAACGGUUCUUGUCCUCCACAAGAGUGUGAACCAGGAUGGAAGAAAGCAUCAGAUUGGAAAUGUGAUCAAGCCUGCGAGAAAGGGAUGUACGGUGCCAGCUGUCUUCGUGUAUGUGGACAUUGUGGAGGGAACGCAACAUGUGAUCACGUGAAUGGUUCCUGUCCUUCUGGGUAUUGCGCACCAGGAUGGAAGCGCACAUCUGAUGGAAAAUGCGACCAAGAGUGCGAUGACGGGACUUUUGGAUACAACUGUAUGGUGACUUGCAGUGGUCAUUGUGCUGAUGGAUUACCGUGUAGUAAAACAGACGGCUUAUGUCCCAGAGGUUGUAUGAAUGGAUGGACAAAUUCGUAUUGCAACGAAAAAUGCAGUCAUGGAUCUUACGGGAAAGCUUGCAUGGAGAGGUGUGGUUAUUGUGCAGACAACGAACCGUGUAAUCACAUAAACGGAACCUGUCCUGGUUCGUGUGAACCGGGAUAUCAGGGGAAGAAGUGUGACACAGAGGGAGGCCCAAGAACCUCUGGAUUCAUGUGUAAAUCGCUCUGUGCUAAUGUGUGCAACGCGGUGUGCAAGAAGCAAAUCGGGAACUAAGAGAAGAUACAUAUAUACUUGUAUAGUAUAUGGAGUUUUGUAACUAUAUUUCUAGUAUAUUGAUAUAUUUAGAUUAUUACAUUACAUGGAAUAGGUGGAGACUUUUAUACUAUCCUAUAUAUGUCUUUAUAUUCGUUAUAUCGGUAUUAUUCAAAGUUUCGCCAUCAAAUGCAUAUCCUAUAGGAAUUAUUUCAUGUACAUUAAAUGAAUAUUGAUGAGAUUGAUAGUUUCGUUGCAAGACAUCAUUACCCACGUAAAUGUUUCCCAAUGUACAAAUAGUAUUUGACUAAUUGUAUUCCUCUUUUAAAUGACAUGUAAUUAUUUCCCUUAGCAAUAACUAAUUUAUCAGCAGUAUUGAUGUCAACAUUACAUGUGGUUCAAAUGCUGCCUGACGCGUUUCAUACCGAUUGUUAGGCCAUUCUUGACACACUGAUCUUCACUACGGAUAACUCCGUUUACCUGAUCAGGAUAUAGGGUUCACAGCGGGAUGUAACCGGUCGACAGGGGGUGUUUAUUCCUCCUAGACACCUGAUCCCACCUCUGGUGUGUCAAGGGGUCCGUGUUUGUCCAACUCUCUAUUUUGUAUUGCUUAUAGGAGUUAUGAGAUAUAUUAUUUGUUCGUUACCUUCACCUUUCAUUAGUGGAAUACAGAUUGUUAAACAAAUAACAACAGUUGAACAUCAGCAGGACCAAGGUAAUGCAGGUUAGCAAUGUGUCCCCUUGUCUGUAACACACUGAUAUAUCUCUUGUUUAGUAUUUAUAACUUGUAUUUGCGUCUUUUAGUGGUUUUUACUCAGAGAAAAUACAUUUGCCAUAUUUUUCUUUGUUUAACCUGGCCGAUGUAGCACUCUUUAUUAGUCAAUUUACUUACUAAGUCUUUAAUUAAUUUAGUGCCUUGUUUUUCUUAUGCUUUACAUGUAUGUCUACUUUUGAUGAUCUACCGUUAUUUGUGUCAUAUGUUUUACUUUUUUAUGCUGCAUCUUGCUUUUGUGUGUGUUGUUUUUCUUUUGUUUGUAUACCUGUAUGGUAUAUCAUAUAUGGUUUUUAAUAUAUAUAUUUUUUCUUUACAUUUUGUAUAAACUAAAACUCCUUAGAGUUUAUGCUGUACUGUUGUAAAUGAUGGACAUUUAAUAAAUAUUAUGUACUAAGCAGCUAUAAAAAA